GCCGGGAGGGGCAGCGGAGGAGCGGGCCGGGUGCGCGCGGUACGCGCGGGCCUGGGGUGAGGGCGCUGCUGAAGGGACUGGGUGGCGGCGGCGGCCAGGCAGCCGGGGGGUCUCCCCUCGCCCAGGCCCCGCCCCACCCCGCUGCGGCCUGAGCCCCGCAGUCCGCGCGCGUUACUCCUCUGGGCGCACUGACCCGGGGAGUCGGAAUCCGGGGACCAGGCCACUCGGCCUGCGCAGCCCCUCAAGGCCCCGCUCCCCGCCACAUGGAGCGGCUGACCGUGAGCCUGCAGGACCCAGACCGGGGCGCGCGGAUGCGGGGCCAGCGCCUGCUCGUCGCCGCCGCUCCCCGCGCCGUGGCAGGCAGCGCCCUCCUGGAGUGGCUGGCCCAGAAGCACUGCAUCGCAGAGGAGGAGGCUCCGCACCUGGGCGCCCUCCUGCUGCGGCACGGCUGCCUGCACCCGCUGCGGGAGCACCGCAGCCUCGGGCUCCGGCCAGAUGAUUCGCCCUGCAGGUUCCAGACACCGUACUUCUGGACCAGCACCCUGUGGCCAGCUCCCGAGCUGGACUUUGCCAUCUACCUGGCCAAAAAGAACACCCAAAAGAAGGGGGCCCUGGCCGGCCAUGAGAGGGAGCAGUAUGACCAACCGCACAGGAAGACAUACGCAUGGGACCUGGUAGUGAUGCAGGCCGGAGAGCAGCUCAUGGCAGCUAAGCAGCGCAGGAAAGGGGACAGACUUGUCAUCACAUGCCAGGAGCAGACCUACUGGCUGGUCAAUAGGCCCCUGCCAGGAGUCCCCAGCACGCUGGAGCAGGGCCCGGAGCGGAGCUCCUGCACUUCUACCCGUCCCAUCCAGACCGAGGACUUGGACUUCUGCGAGCGGAAAAUCGACUGCUGCAGAAAGGCGCUGGGCAGGAGGCUGGUGAAGUCCUCCACCUGCCUGGAGGCGUGCCUGAGGUUCAGUGGUCAGCAUGGGCCGCAUGACCCCAUCGUGUCAGGGUGCCUGCCCAGCAACCCUUGGGUCACAGACAAUGUCCCCUUCUGGGCCAUGGGUGCCCCUAGUGUGGCUGUGCUCACAAAGGUCCGCGUGGAGCUACAGGCCUUCAGCUUCUGGGAGCUCCUGGAAGACCCCAUGGGACGAGCCCACUUCACGGACUUUCCCCAGAAAGAGUUCAGUGCUGAGAACCUCAGCUUCUGGGAGGCAUGUGAGGAGCUGUGCUGUGGAGAGCAGGCCCAGGUGGCCGCCCUGGGGGAUGCCGCGUACCAGCAGUUCCUGGUGCCUGGUGCUGCCCGCUGGGUCAACAUCAACAGCCAGACGAUGGAGCGGACCCUGCAGGGGCUGAGGCCCCACUGCUACAUGCUGGGUGACGCCCAGGUGCACGUCUACACGCUCAUGAAGAAGGACUCAUACCCACGGUUCCUGAAGUCUGAUGUGUACAAAGGCCUGCUGGCGGAGGCUGUGGUACCCCCUGAGACAAGGAGACGAGUGACGCUGCUGGGCGGAACCCAGCCUCCCGGGGGCCCAGAGCCAGCCCCAGGUUCACCCCGCCGGCUGGACGUCCCGGACGCCAUCCUGCAGGCCCGUGGCUGCCCUCCUCCAUGCUGUGGGUUCUUCACCAGGGCUGUACACAGAGGCGCCACCAUCCUCACCCCCGUCCACGCCCCAGCUCAUGGCAGGGCUUUGCCAGGGCACCUGUGGGGAAGGGGGUGGUGACCCCAUUCAUCCUCCUGAGAGGGUCCCACCCUCCCCCAGACUCGGGGGGGAGGCACAGCUGCUCCUUUGAGGGCACAACUCUACUGGCCCACCCCUCCUGCUCUCACCCACUCCUGGCACGGAAA